UGCCAUCAACUGGCUCCAACCAUUUGUAGACAAAGCCUAAGCCAUUGCAUUCAAGUGCAAUUUCCUUUGUCAAGCAAAUUGGGGGCUAGUCCAGAAUCCGAUUCACUGGUGGCUGUUCAGCGCAAAAAGUUGGUUUCAACACAAAACUAAGACAAUGACACCUUUUGGUUUUGAAAACAAGCACAUAGCGUCGCCUUUUGGUCCACUAGCUUAAUGCUAAUGCUAAGUAGCAUCUAUGUUGUGGUGUUAUAUCCCUUUUAGUCACCGAAUGCACACAAAUGGUGCAGCAUCAGAUGUAGACAGAUACAAUAUGGACAUACUCGCAGUUAUAUAUUCUUUAUCCCCUGCAAAGAAAUGACUAAUAUUAGUGCAGCACUGAUGGGCUAAGAGGAGUUAGAAUGUUGUCUUUACUGCAUGUUUUGAUCGUGUGUCGUGUAGCGCAUGUCCGUUCAUUUCUAGCAAUCAAUGGAGUCCUUUUUUGAGUGCCGAACACGGCCGCAGUUAAUUCUGCCUCACGAUCGGCCGUCAAGGACCGAAGGCUCAGCGUCGGCUCCCUCGGGUUCUUCUGUUUUCAUGAGAAGGAAAACGGCAGAGUGGACUUGAUCAAAGACGGUCGAUUCGCUCUUGUUGAGAAAAGGAGGCCAUCAAGAAGUUUUCCUGUUUGAGGCCAGACACGGGGGUCCCCAUUGUACUGGCCAGGAAGGAAAAGCGCCGCCUUUCCCCCCCCCCCCCCCUCUCGUCGAGCAGGGUGUCGACGACGUCGCAGAAAAACCUCGACGUUUGGGGGUCAUCGUUGUGGGUGAUGCCCUUUUCGUCUGAACGGCGGUGAUGUUGGAGGCGACGGCGCUGUGGAUCCUGACAGUCUGUGACACUGUUUUAGGCCCGCGAGUGUUCGGGGCCGUGUCCAACUUCAGCGCUUUCCUAAUGGACCCCGCGUCGGGCGUCCUCUUCCUGGGCGCCAGGGACGCCAUCGUGGCGCUGGACACCAACAAGCUGAAUGAGCCACCGCGCACGGUGAUUUGGGACGUGCCGCAGGACAGCAGGAAUAUUUGCAUGACGAAAGGGAAGACAGAGGGCGACUGCCGGAACUACAUCCUGCUGUUGGAGUUUCACUCCGACGGCCGCCACAUCUACGUGUGCGGCACGUACGCCUUUGACCCCAAGUGCGCCUUCCUGGAGAUCUCCUCCCUCGCCCUACGGAAGGAUGCCAAUGGGCAGGUCACCAUGGAGAUGGGGAGGAAGAAAGUCCCCUUUGACCCCAGGAAGCCAUUCACGGCCGUUAUGACUGGCGACGCGCUGUAUGCCGCCACCUCCAUCAACUUCCGCGGGACGGAGUUCGACAUCGCCCGGGCGACGGGGCCGGAGCAGCGGCAGAUCCGAAGCGAGCAAAAAGUGCACUGGCUGGACGAACCCGAGUUUGUGAGCUCGGCCGUCGUGGAGCUGUCGGCCGACAACAACGUGACGGGGGAGGACGACAGGAUCUACUUCUUUUUCAAUGAGGCGGCGAUGGAGUACAACUUCUAUUCCAAAGUCCGAGUGCCCCGGGUGGCACGGGUGUGCAAGUCUGACGUGGGAGGUCUCAGGACUCUGCAGCAACAUUGGACCACCUUCCUCAAGGCGGAGCUGGUAUGUGAGGACAAAGUCCGACAUCAGCGCUACGACACGCUGCUGGACGUUUUCACCUUGCGACACUCGCCCCGAGAAGCCCGCAGCACGCAUUUCUAUGGACUCUUCACCACACAGCGAGAACCCGAGCAGUCGGCGGUGUGCGUUUUCAGCGUGUCGGACAUCAUCAGAGCAAUGAACGGCCCCUUUAAGAAGCGCAACGACAAAAUGGACACGCCGACGCCGGUGGGCUCGCCGAGGCCCGGCCAGUGUCUGAACAACGCGCUGAAGGCGGAAGGCUUUGACUCCUCCCUGAAAAUCCCGGACAACCUGCUGGCGUACGUGAGGAAUCACCCCCUCGUGCAGCAGAGUGUCACCGCGGCGCCCCUGCUGGUCAGGAAAGGAGUCACGUACACCAAGCUGGCCGUCACGCUCAUCGGCCGCAAAGAGGGCCAAAGGGAAGCGAUGCUGCACCUCGGGACAGACGACGGGGAGCUCCACCAGGUGGCGGUAAUAGGAGAGAAUGCCACUUUACUGCGCGAGGUUCCUUUAUUUCAGCCGACGGAGCCGGUCAUCCAUAUCUUGCUGCACCAACGUUGGGCCGUGGUGGGCAGCCCCCUGGCGCUCGCUCGCAUCCGGUCUGAAGAAUGCGCGCUCUAUUUGAGCUGUAAAUUGUGCGCUCGAUUCCGAGAGCUGGGCUGCCAGUGGGACGCGAGCGAGGAACGAUGCCUUCGCUCCGCCGCGCCGCCUGGCAAUGGAGAUGUAAUAGAAGAAGCCUGCGUCACACAGGAAGAGCGCUGCGCUCCGCCCAUCGCGGAGCUGCGCGUGUCCCUGGGUCUGCGUCUGCUGCUGCCGUGCGCCCAGCUGUCUCCGCGGCUCUGUAGCUGGCAGCGCCCCGCCAACAGUCUCACCAAGCUGCGCCACCCUGACCUGGAGGUGACCGUCACCAAAGACGGACUGGGAACUUACAUCUGUGCAUGUCAGGAAGGGCCAAUCCAUGACCCCACCCCCUGCCGUCGGGCGGCCUAUCAGCUGACGCUGGAGGACCCCACGACUGCGGGUGCCGUGGCGGGAUGCACUCGUCACGUGUUGGCCUUCUACGUGCUCUUCUUCUUUGGCGGUUUGCUGUUCGGGGUGACGCUCCUCCUCUUCGUCAAACGUCGGCACGCCGGCGGUCGCCGGGACUCGCCGGGAUUCUGUCUGACGGACAAACGCAACGGGAUCGCGGCCACCGGCGCUGACGCGAGCCAAGUCCGGAAGCAGGGCGACGGCAGUCACCACGGCAACAGUGCGAGCGGCACAACCGCCUGCAACACAGCGAGAAACGGGAGCGGAAACGCAAAGUACGCCAACUACAACGUUUUAUCUGUAGACGUUCUGGACGAACGGACCGCCAGGAGGGAGGUAGGGGGUCGCGAAGCGGGGGGGAGGGAGUCAGUCGAGGGGGCUGAGACGGAUGAGGGUCUGGGGGAAGGGAGAACGGGACUGGAGGAAGAGUUUGCCAGCUUUCCUAUGUUUAAAUCACCAGCGCCCCUCGCUCCGUGUGAAGAAAGCUCCAUUUGACAAACAAAGUGGUCACUGCCUUUGGAUGGUCUCACGAAGAGACGUCGCAAUGAUGACGUCUCAUACGUUUUCUCCGAUCGGACUGGAGAGAAGCGGGCUGUCGAACGCGCCGACCGUGCAAUCGGAGCGUGAGCCGUACCGUCUCUCCUCGUUCGGCUCUCGUCCUCUCCCCCCCCAAAGAGCACCGCGGGUCCUCUGGAUCCGGGACCCUCGCCGGUCCCCAAAGGCGCCAAAGGACCGCCGCGCCGUGGACCGGGCUGGUCGGUUUUUGCUUUGGCGAUUUGAACGGGUCCUCGCUCGGAUGAGACGAGCUUUUGCACCAGCACGCGCGAUGCAAGGAGCGACCUUGUUGUUCUCUUGAUGUGGAUUCCUAAUGUAUUCUUUUGUCUUGUUUUUGUAAUAAAUCAUAUUUGCGAACCCAAAGACAAGUUGGAUUAGCAAAUGAGCAGCACACGAA